CGAAGCCUCCAUAACACAAGUAAGCUAUGUCAUCCGUCAUGGAAAAGUUGGAUAAACUGAAAAAAUGUGGUGACGGUGAAAUUCAGAAAAUGAGCAACAUACCCAAAAACGAAAAGUUCGAAGUGCUGGACAUUCAGAAAAUUGACACUAUGUAUGGCGAGGCAGUAUACGUGGAGCUCCGCAUGGAAAACGACAAGCCAGUGAAAGUGUAUCUACCUGGACGCUUCAAAAAAUUGUCGGAGGAAGAGCUAGAGGAAAUGCGACUGCUUCCAAAUCUCAAAAUGGAGAAGAAAGAACGGUUUACCAAAGAUGGUAAAAAAGUCAUUUCGCCAGAUAUUAUCUUCACCAAUUCGAAGAGAAAGUGAUGAGAUAUGGUGACAUGUAGAACCUUCUAUCACUCAAGUGACUGCUGAAAUAGCACAAAAUUUGGAAAACCUCGAAGUAGAAGGUUCAGGUUUUUUUCUCUUUCGCAUUCAUGCCUGUAUCAUGAACAUUGGACGUUUGAUGCCUCAACUGAUUGGAUGUGCCCAGUUUGAGUUACCGCAAGAAUUGAAGCAUAAGUUUCGUUCUCUGUUGUGUGUGGACUUUGGUUUGCAUGAAGAUGAGCAGAACAUGUGUUUUGCCUUCUCUGUAAUAGCUGCACUGCAUCCUGCUACUGGUUAUCGCAGGCGUAGGGCAUCUUCAUACAGACCAUAUAUUUCUGAGUAUGUUUUUCCGAAAACAUUCCCGGCAGCUUUCCCAAAAGAGGUUGAAGCAUUCGAAAAAAAUAAUGGUAUCAGUAUCAAUGUGUACGCCUACGAAAGGGAAGACAAAUCUCUGUACCCCAUCAAGGUUGUCGAUGACGAGCGUGAGAAACAUGUGGAUCUGUUGCUAAUCGACUCUCAUUUUCUGCUUAUCACAAAUUUUAAUGGAUUAUUUCAACCUAGCGGACGGUUUCAUUGCAAGAGGUGUAUGAUGGGCUUCUCAUCAGACAGAAUCCUCAGUGAUCAUUUAAAGAUGUGUUUGCCAUCAGAAGGUUGCUAAGACAAUUUACCCUAAGAAGGGAGAGACGGUAGCAUUUGCCGGGGAACAUCUCAUGUCGGAAGUCCCUUUCUACUGUGUAUAUGAUUUUGAAAGUGUUUUGUCACCUUGUUUGGAGGAAACAAACGUGUAUGAGGAUCACUGUCCUUCCUCAUUUUGCCUUUUGGUUAUACGUGCAUCCGACUCACACGUGUUGCAAAAGCAUCUUUUCCGUGGUCCUAAUUGUGUCACAGUAUUUAUGGAGCUGCUGCGGAAAUUGCAUGACGAAAUUUUAGGAUGGAUACAUGCUUUUGCACCUCUAGAAAUGACUGAAGAGAAUGAGCGUCAACAUACAGCAGCCACUCAUUGUAAUAUCUGCAAAGAAUCCUUUGCUAAAAGACAAAAAGUUCGAGACCAUGACCAUGUAAGCGGAGAAUUUCGACAAACACUAUGUCAGACGUGUAACCUGAAACUGAGAGUGCCACCCAAGAUUCCAAUCAUUGCACAUAAUGCUAACUAUGACAUGAGUUUUCUCCUGUCUCAUUUAGAUCUGCUUAAGAAGUCAGACAUCAGCGUGAUUGCCACCAGCUGUCAAAAAUUUAAAGCAAUUGACAUCGGCUCUUAUCGAUUCUUGGACAGUUUGAGUUUUCUGAACGCAAGCCUUGAAACACUGGUGAAAAAUCUACGUGAUAAAGGUGAAUCCAACUUUCAAUGCCUUCGCCAGUUUUUUCCAAAUGAGGAACACUUUCAGCUGGUUGUUCGUAAGGGGGUCUUCUGUUAUAACUUUGUCACCAGUUUUGAAGCCUAUGAUGAGCCUUCGCUACCACCUCGAGAUAAGUUCUUUAACAUUUUGAAUGGAACCGAAGUAAGUGAACAAGACUACAACCACGCGCAGAAUGUGUAUGAAAAAUUUCGGCUCAAGAGUCUUGGAGAGUAUUCGGACUUAUACCUUCUGACAGACACACUGCUUCUAGCAGAUGUGUUUCAGAACUUUCGAAAGUGGACACUCGAUGUGCACAAGAUUGAACCGUUUCAUUUUGUAUCCCUUCCAGGAUUAAGCAUGUCUUGUGCACUAAAAAUGAGUCAGGUAGAACUAGAACUAAUUAACGACCCCAACGCGUACCUGCUCAUCGAGAAUGGCUUACGAGGAGGUGUCACACAGUGCUCCCUGAGAAAAGCAACUGCGAAUGUGCCAGGAACAGAACAGUUUGAUCCCGAAAAAGAAAAAAAAUAAUUAACUACAUUGAUGUAAAUGGCCUGUAUGGAGCAGUCAUGAGAGAACCAUUGCCUUACGGAGGAUUUGAGUGGCUCACUGAGGAGGAAAUUGUUAACUUGGAUAUAGCUCAGAUAC